CACAGCAUUGGCAUCGACACAAGUAUCAACACAAGUAUCAACACCGGUAUCGACACCGGUAUCGACACCGGUGUCAACAUUGGUAUCGACUCCAGCGCCGACACCAUCUGCAUCGCCGCGCUCGCGAGCGCAGCACCGUCCGUCGUCUUUCCUGCAUCAUCGCCGCCCUGAUCUCCCCAGUCCAUCGCCCGGACCGCCUCGGACCAGCUCGCCUCAGCAGAUGAUAUGCAUAUGACCCCGUUGACCUCGGCCUCCUUUGCAUCCGACCAGCCGACGCCUCCCCUCUGCCCACAGCCGUCCAGUACCCCGGCAUCCAUCCCCACGGCGUCGCCAGCAACCGUCCAUCCGUCUCUUGAAUCCGAUCAAAUCCCGUCCAGCGGCAUCGGCAACCAACGCUAUGGCGCCCAAGCCCAGUCUCCAGUGUCGCCGUCCAGCAUGCCGACGGCCUUGCUUGCGCCGGUUCAAGUGACAUCACCGGCAGCGACACCGUCAUCCACAGCCGCGGAUCGGCUCCAAGAGAACACCUCGAUAGACACCUCCACGACAUUCGUGCCGACAUUGCACCGCUCGGCCAACCCAUACCCGUUCAAACCCCUGAUGGUCGAUAGAGCCGUCCAAACCUAUCCUGUUCGGAUCAUUGCGCUGCCUAUGCCUGGGGAUGACGAAGACGAGGAGAUCGACGUCGAGAGCAUCGAUGCAGAUCACUCUGCCGGCCUGGUGCCGAUCAAGAUCGAGCCCCGAUCGACGCCCCCGCCGAUUCCCGAGCCCGUCAAGCCCACCCAGAAGCCGCCAAAAGUCGCCAAGAGUUCAAAGAAAAAGGAAUAUGCCGAGAAGCCCUUAGAUGCUGCCGAGAAGACAAAACCCAAAGCACGGACAUCGAGAGCGACCCGCAAGAAGACUCAUGUCCACUCACCUUUCGAUUCAGUCGCCAUGUCCAUGCUGUCUGCAAAGUAUCCUGAUAACUACCACAACGCUGUCGCCGACCUGACCGAGCCUGGGCCGAUCACUGUCAUCAACGCGGGUGAGCCCCUCGCCCUGAGAGACGAUGCCAAUAUCCGCGACACAGCACCGAUCACAAGCAUGGUGCUGUCACCGGAUCAUUCCAUGCUUGCCACCUUUUGCAACAACGGUUGCGUGCGGAUCUGGGACCUCGAUACUUUUCAAGAGAUCCAAUUCCUGAGAGAUGCAGAUGAGCCCAACAUUGAGGAGUAUUAUGUCGGUCGUUUCUCGCUGGACAUGAAGCGCAUUGUGGUCGGAGGGAGGCUCAAGGAUAGGAAGCGCUGGUCUGCCCUGGAUGACGACAACCACAUUCUGCCGUGUCCGCUCAAGGUCUUUGACGUGCUCACGGGCAAGGUCAUUGCCAAAUACGAAGGGCACGAGGAAGAGAUCCUGUCAGUCAAAUACCUGGAGUACAUGGGGGACUCCUACUGCAUUUCAUCGAGUCAGGACGGAUAUAUUAUCCGGUGGAAAAUCGCAUCGGACUGGAGCAGGCUACUCGCGCGGAAGAGAAUGGAGGACGGCAUCACUUGCAUGGCCUUCACAAUAACGUUUCUGCCGCACACUGGAAACCGGUAUUUUCUGGCCGCAUGUGAUGCGGGUGUCCGACUGUUUGACUUUGGUGAAGCUCAGCUUUUACAGAGCUUCGAUGGCCUGUACUCUUGCUACUGUGAUUGCGCAAAGUUCAUCUCGCCGACAGCCUUCGAAACGCCGCCGACGUGGGACCAAGUGCUGGAUUCGAGGAAAGGGGCCGACUACACUUCGCCCAUGUUUGGAUAUUUUGUGACUCGCGGAGUUGAAGUCGUGGAAGAUGAGCAGCAGCAAAGCACGAUACCCAACAAGGUCAAGAUAUACAAGCUCAUAUAUCCCAAUCGACUCGGCGGCCAGUUUGAGAUCCGGGAGGUCAAGUCGUUCCAGGAUGACGACUAUGUAUCCAACUCGUGGCUGACCAAGGUGACAUGCAACCAAAAAUACGUGGCUGCCCCAACCUGCGACGGACGGAUCUUUAUCUACCACAUGCAGACAGGCAAUGUGAGCGCGAUAUUGCGAGGGCACGAAGAGCUCGAAGUCCGAGAUGUCAUCUUCCAUCCAACGCGGCCUCUUUUGUUUUCUUGCGCGGACGACGGAUGUGUCAAGGUCUAUCACUAUGCCGCCAAUAAAGACAGCUGACGACACAAA